UGCUCUCCCGGGGUAUUGUGUCAGGAGAUGCAGGCUGGCUACCAUGUGACGCGGUCCAGAGCUGAAGGGAUUGGCCGAGGCAGCGCAGGCGGUGCAGCUCGGCCGGCUUGCUGUUCCUCUCCCUUUCUCUCGCAGCAUCUUCCUGGGAGCCUGUAGGUGAAGCAGCACCAGCAGCAUCCAUGGCCUAUCUUUGGGGUUAACAUUUGUCUCAUUUGGCUUCAGCAGUGGACGGAGCAGACCUCUCGGCAGCAGCGUCGUGAGGACUUAGCUGGGACCUGGAAUCGUAUCCUCCUGUGUUUUUCAGACUCCUUGGAAAUUAAGGAAUGCAAUUCUGCCACCAUGAUGGAAGGAUUGAAAAAACGUACAAGGAAGGCCUUUGGAAUACGGAAGAAAGAAAAGGACACUGAUUCGACAGGUUCACCAGAUAGAGAUGGAAUUAAGAAAAGUAACGGGGCACCAAAUGGAUUUUAUGCAGAAAUUGAUUGGGAAAGAUACAACUCCCCUGAGCUGGAUGAAGAAGGCUAUAGCAUCAGACCCGAGGAACCCGGCUCUACCAAAGGAAAGCACUUUUAUUCUUCGAGUGAAUCGGAAGAGGAAGAAGAAUCACACAAGAAAUUUAAUAUCAAGAUUAAGCCAUUACAAUCUAAAGACAUUCUUAAGAGUGCUGUGACCGUGGAUGAGCUGAAGGCAUCGAUAGGCAACAUUGCACUUUCCCCAUCACCAGUGAGGAAAAGUCCGAGGCGCAGCCCGGGUGCAAUUAAAAGGAACUUAUCCAGUGAAGAAGUGGCAAGACCCAGGCGUUCCACACCAACUCCAGAACUUACGAGCAAAAAGCCUCCAGAUGACACUACGGCCCUUGCUCCCCUCUUUGGUCCUCCAUUAGAAUCAGCUUUUGAUGAACAGAAGACAGAAGUUCUUUUAGAUCAGCCUGAGAUAUGGGGUUCAGGCCAACCAAUUAAUCCAAGCAUCGAGUCGCCAAAGUUAACAAGGCCUUUUCCCACUGGAACACCUCCACCACUGCCUCCCAAAAAUGUACCGGCCACCCCGCCCCGAACAGGUUCCCCGCUAACAGUUGCACCAGGAAAUGACCAGUCAGCCACAGAGGUCAAAAUUGAAAAACUACCAUCAAUCAAUGACUUGGACAGCAUUUUUGGCCCAGUGUUGUCCCCCAAGUCUGUUGCUGUUAAUGCUGAAGAAAAGUGGGUCCAUUUUUCUGAUACGUCCCCGGAACAUGUUACUCCAGAGUUGACUCCAAGGGAAAAGGUGGUGUCCCCACCAGCUGCAUCAGACAACCCAUCUGACUCCCCAGCUCCAGGCCCCCCGGGCCCUCCGGGCCCCCCAGGCCCCUCAGGACCCCCUGGUCCUCCUCGCAAUGUACCAUCGCCGCUCAAUUUAGAAGAAGUCCAGAAGAAAAUCGCUGAGCAGACCUUCAUUAAAGAUGAUUACUUAGAAACAAUCUCAUCUCCCAAAGAUUUUGGGUUGGGACAGAGAGCAACCCCACCUCCCCCACCACCACCCACCUACAGGACUGUGGUUUCAUCCCCUGGACCUGGCUCGGGCAGUGGUACGGGGACCACCAGUGGUGCAUCAUCCCCUGCUCGACCAGCCACUCCCUUGGUUCCUUGCAGUAGCACCACCCCUCCACCGCCUCCUCCCCGGCCUCCAUCUCGGCCAAAGCUACCUCCAGGAAAACCUGGAGUUGGAGAUGUGCCCAGACCUUUUAGCCCUCCCAUACAUUCUUCCAGUCCUCCUCCGAUAGCACCCCUUGCCCGAGCUGAAAGUACUUCUUCAAUAUCGUCCACCAAUUCCCUGAGUGCAGCCACCACUCCCACAGUUGUGUCAGAAGAUGAUGUUUUUUAUGACAAACUGCCCUCGUUUGAAAGGCGCUGUGAAACGCUGGCAGAGAAUGAACAGCCUUCCCUCGUUUGGUUUGACAGAGGAAAGUUUUAUUUGACUUUUGAAGGUUCUUCCAGGGGACCCAGCCCCCUGACCAUGGGAGCCCAGGACACCCUCCCUGUUGCAGCGGCAUUUACAGAAACAGUCAAUGCCUACUUCAAAGGAGCAGAUCCAAGCAAAUGUAUCGUGAAGAUUACUGGAGAGAUGGUGUUGUCUUUUCCUGCCGGCAUCACCAGACACUUUGCCAACAAUCCAUCGCCAGCUGCUCUGACUUUUCGGGUGAUAAAUUUCAGCAGGUUAGAACACGUCCUGCCAAAUCCCCAACUUCUCUGCUGUGAUAACACUCAAAAUGAUGCCAAUACCAAGGAAUUCUGGGUAAACAUGCCAAAUUUGAUGACUCACUUAAAGAAAGUGUCGGAACAAAAACCCCAGGCUACAUAUUAUAACGUGGACAUGCUCAAGUAUCAGGUGUCUGCCCAGGGCAUUCAGUCCACACCCCUGAACCUGGCAGUGAACUGGCGGUGUGAGCCAGCAAGCACUGACCUGCGCAUAGAUUACAAAUACAAUACGGAUGCAAUGACAACUGCGGUGGCCCUCAACAACGUGCAGUUCCUGGUCCCCAUAGAUGGAGGGGUAACCAAGCUCCAGGCCGUUCUCCCACCAGCAGUCUGGAAUGCUGAACAACAGAGAAUAUUGUGGAAGAUUCCUGAUAUUUCUCAGAAGUCAGAAAAUGGAGGGGUGGGUUCUUUAUUGGCAAGAUUUCAGUUAUCUGAAGGCCCAAGCAAACCUUCCCCAUUGGUUGUGCAGUUCACAAGUGAAGGAAGCACCCUUUCUGGUUGUGACAUUGAACUUGUUGGAGCAGGGUAUCGGUUUUCACUUAUCAAGAAAAGAUUUGCUGCAGGAAAAUACUUGGCAGAUAACUAAUAAAAUCAUAUGCAAGGAUUUGGAGGAUUCAUAUAAUGGAGAACUGUUGUAUGAGAAACAGGUUUUAAUUUUGGUUUGAUGAAAACAAACCAAAAUCUGCACUCGGGAUAUAUCUGCUGGAAAUGUCAGUGAUUUUCAGCAAUGAUUUCCCUCACACAAUACCAUGGUGACCAGUCUUACAGUAUUUACUUCUAGGUGUAAUAUUGUUAAUGGUUUUAAAAUGUAAUUAUUGUAUUUGUAAAUUGUACUCAUUCCAGUAAGGCAGUUAGACACUUGAGUUUUAGCAUUUUACCAUUCCUGAAAUGGAUGUAAUUUCAACUGUGGUAUGUAAAUUUAAUAGUAAUACUGUUGAAUGGCACAAUGCUUACAGAGGUAGAUUGCAUUUUGUCAAUAUAUAAAAUUUAAAUAUAAUAUUGAUAGCUGUCAUAAAGGGGGUGCCACAUACAAAGAAAAUUAAGUGGAACCAGGAAAAAAAAAACUUCCUUUUCUUCAAUCCUUAGUAUGUUUUACUCUAGUGCUAAAUAAAAAUUCUAUCUUCAAAUAUUUAGUGGGUUAAAUUCAGAAACUAUUUCAGAAAAAAAAAUUCUAAAGUUACAGCAUAGUCAAGAAAAGCAUUAAUUACCACUUUUUAAAAAGCUUUUUUUUCAAACUGCAAGUUUCAUAAAAAUGCAAACUGUGUAAACAGGACCUCUUAUUUUUAUAACUUGUGUAAAAAGGGAAAGCAAUUCAUAUUUAAAGUUUAAGUAUAUGAAAUUCUAACCAAGAGUAGAGAAGAUGUUCAAGUCUUAAACUUGCCCCCCUCUCUCUACAGUUUAGCAAAUGUGGAGAUUUGCUGAAUAAUAUCAGACUAAAGCCAAAAUUGUGAUUUUAAAAUUUCAAAACUUUCCAUAGGUGAACUGGUUAACAGCUUUUGCACAAUUACUCUGAACAGAGUCUCUCCCAUCUAGCAUGGAGAAUGGUCACAUAUAUUUCUCUUUACCUACAGGAAUCAAAACACUAAGAUUGAAAUCCAUAAAAAAAAAAUUUAGUUCCCUAUUUAAGUCCAGAAGGAAAAUUUUAAUCAUCAUCAUUUAUAUCAUUUGGGAAGGAAAAAAAAAAAGCUUUAUAAAUGAGAUUAUGAGAUUCUAUCCACAUUAUUGUACAAUAAAUUUCCUUUUGGCUAAGAUUCAUCAUAUGUAACUAACUAUAAAUCGUUGCCACUCUUAGGGAACCAGGAAGAGAGUUAUCAAAAAUUUAUGUCAUGAUUUCAUUGUUGCAAGGUGUGAUUAAAACUGUAAUUACUCAGUCUGGCCUCACACUGGGGGGAUUCAGAAUGGAGAAGCACUUCUUCGGGGGUGGGUCACAGUUGUAAAACCUCCCUCCUCUACCAUCUGAAAAUAUAAAACUCCCUUUAAGUCAUAGAGCUUUCUUUAAACAUGAACCAAUUCUUAUUCUAAGUUACACUGUUAAAUAACUGUAAUUAUUAAGCUGUUAUAUUUAUCAUUAGUUGUUAAGUUUUACAUUCACUUAUAUUUGACAAAGAAUCGUUAGCCCUUUAAAUUUUAGAAUCAAAUUAAAUUUUGUAAGUCUUACUUUUAAAAAGAGAUUGUGACUGGCAAUUGUUUAUAGUGGAACUUUUUAAAUUAAUAUUUGUACUUCUCAAUCAGUACUUGCUACCAAGAGAAUGUUCAAAAAGGUCUGUUUCACCUCAGAAGAAUUCCUACUAUCCAAACACUCUCAGUUGGCUCCCCAAAUAGUCUGGUAUUGAAGUUUUUUGAACAAAUUAUUAAUAUACUCAUUUUAAGUAAAGAUACUCAAUUUGAUUUUGAAACCAAAAUAGAAAAUGCAAACUUUUCACUCCCAUAAAACAUAGGGAAAACUUCAAACACUGAAACCAAUGGAGAAUAAGCAGAUAGUUGUAGGUAAGAUAAUUGAGAAUUGUCCAACAUACAAAUAUAAAAAUGCGUUUUUAAGGAAUUCAUGAGAAAACAUAUUGAAUAUUAUUAGUACAAAGCAUAUUAAAAAUGUGUAAAUAUUACUGGUUCUUAUGUCUUGCUCUUUAUAUUUUAUUUUAUAUAGUUCUAGCGUGAAUUAGUAAUUAAGCACAAGGGUUUUUUUUUCAGAGUAAUUUUGUUGAUAUUGUAAAAAAUAUAAUUUAAAACAUAGAUUCCAAUAAUUUCUAACAAUAUUCAAAUGUUUCCAGGAACUAAAUUUGAAACUAUGUAGAUCUCUUAUGAUCCCUUAAUUAGGCUUUGUGAAACAGGAUGGAAGUCAUUGGCUUCAUAAUCAUUAAACUUUCAAUAACCAGAACCUCAUUAGAGAAUACAUCCUUUCUCCUUUCAGAAAAUAGGUCAAAGAAUAACACAAUAAACUCAUAUCAGGGAUUUAGAUUCUGGUGGGCUUUUUUUCAAACUUAUAGUUUAUACCUGUUAUACCUGUAUCUAUAGUACUGUACAAUAGGAAUUCACAUUAGGAAAAAUAAUCCUAGACAAUGCAAGAGUCUCUGCCAUUGAAAAAAACAACAACAACAACAUUAAGUCAGGUUCAUUAUCAGUUCCUAAAAUUAAACAAAAUGGGCAAGUAUAUAGUAAUAUUUUCAAUACCAGGGGUUAAAAUAAAAAGCAAGAGUUCUCAUUAACCAGAACACCAUUUCCUGAGAUUUAUGAUUUUAAAAGUUUCUGUUCUAACAAGAUAGAAAGUAUGAAUGAUAUUGCUUUAUUUUGACAACAUGGAAAGUAUGUUUUUCUUUUUAAAAUAAAUUCCAUAUUUUCUUGAUAUUUUUAAAAUAAAUUCUUAUUAAGAAUUAGUCUGAAUUUUACCAUAGUUGGAAUUUAUAAUUCCUAAGAAUUAAAUUUUUAAUUAUUUUUAGAGCUCUGUUCUUCUCUACACUUACAGCCAAACUGAAAAGUCACGGUAUGGUAUUUGGGAACAUAUUUAACCUAUAGAGAAAGAAUGUCGACAUUUCAAAUGGUUUUCAGUAAAUAGAGAUGCUUUAUUUUUGUUUUUAUGUAUUUUUACUCAAUCUUAAUCUGCAAAGUGUUUGAGGCAAUAAUUUUACACAUUGUCAUUUCUAAAUCUUCUUUAAAGAAGCCUGGUAACUACAUUAACUCUACCACUAACUCCUGCUGUGUGAUGUUGGACAAAUCACUACCCUUCUCGGUUUCUCAUCCUUAGAAUGAAGGAUUGGGAUUGCCAGUGAUUUUCAAGCUUUUCUUAACAGCAGGACUUUUUUCUACUAAAGUUGCACAUGGAAUUCUGUUAGACAAAACAGUUCAAAGCCAUGAAUGAGUUCCUUCAGCAGUUUAAAUCUGUGCCCCCCCCCCAACCAACACUAUUUCAACACCAUCAUAACGUAUCAACAAUCUAUAAAAUUUUUCCCGCCUCUGAAGUUCCAUGAUUCUACUAGACUCAGAUGGAUCCACUUGGGGGGGUUCAUAAGAAAACUUGUACAAUCACAGUGAUUGACUGAUGUAUAAUAAAAAUUUAUACUUACUGGAGUGCUUACCAUAUACCAGUCAAUAUAGAUAUUAGCUCAUUUAAUCCUUAUAUCAACCCAAAUGUUGUAGGUACUCUUUUUAAUUCCUAUUUUACAAAUGAUGACAUUGAGGCUUAGAUUAAUUAAUUUGCCCAAAGUGACACAGAAGCUGGAAGUAACCCAGUUAUCUUGACUGCAGAGGGAGCCGCUGGCCAGUUUUGCUUGUUCAUUCUGGGAAAUAAAUUCUAGAUAUUCCAUUUGAAUUGUAAGGUUAAAAGGUGCUAUGAAAAAUUAGUAUCAAAAUAUGGGUAAUUCUAAUAGCAAAAUUGUUGGAAAAGAGUAUGUUUCUCAAAUUAUGACUUUUGGACUGUUUGCAUUAACAUUCAUUUAAAGGACAAUGAUUUUGGCUCAGUCACCACCACAUCCCCAGAGCUUAGAAGAUAGUAGCACAUCAAUAAGUUUACAUUGAAUGAAUAAAUCUCUAGGGAUACUAUUUAGUAAUAUGUAUUUUGACAAGCACCCAAAUUUUGAGAAUCACUGCCCUAAUAGGUCUCUGAGGUCCUUCUUAGUUAUGACAUUUUAUCAGAUUUUAGGCAUUAACUGUAAGUCAAAUACCACUUUUCUAGUGAGCUUAUUUUUUCACUCAGUCCAUUUAACUUUCUCCAAUCUUAAAAAAAAAAAAAAAGAUUCAGGGCUUUUUCUAGAGUUGCUUAGAGUUCUCCUGUUAUGCUAUCUCUGUGUCAAAGUGGCUUGAAAUUCAUUCUCUCAUUUUCAUAUUUCUGUCCUUUUCAUCAAUGUCUUAAAAGAGUAAGAGAAACUGUAGGGAGACUGCAAGUUCUCACUCAUUGCAAAUACAAAGUCCUAAUAAAUGUCUUCCUCCUUUCAAGAGACACUCAGACAGAUAUGUAACUUGUGAGUUGACCCUAUUUAUUUUGUAGGUCUUUGAACUGGAUGCUGUAUAAGCAUGGACUGGUGUCAUUCUAUAGGAGUUGCACCAAUCAUUUUUAUUUUUCCUUUAUUUUUUUUUCCGAAAUAACCACACUGUCAAUUAAAUUUGAAUGACACAGUAAAAUGUGCAGAUAUCUACUAAGAAGAUGAGUUGUGGAGUUUGCUAUUUUUUUAAGCCUUCUUUUUCCUUAGAUUGUGCUUUCAGCAAAAUCCCAUUCAGUUUAAAUAUAUUCAUUUUGCUACAUGGUUUUUUGACCAGCAAUUUUUUUCAAUGCAAGUAUAAUUUUGUUAUGAUAUCAAAAGGUGGGUGAUCUCUAAAUAUUGCUUCAAAAGUUAAUAUAAGUAAAAAUGAUGUUUCCUUGAAAUAAGUCAAAUUAAAUUGUUGAUACAAAUGGACAAAUUAAUCUAUGUUACAUUGAUUAAAGAGUGUUCCGAUGAUCCCCCCCUCCCCACUACUUUUUACUAUGUGCACUUCUGUCUUGAGGCUUUAUUGGAUUUUCCUGCUUCUUUUGUGGGUUUUUUUUCCCAUUUAGCAAACAGCAUCUAAAUGCCAUUCCCUCACUCAUGAAUUAAACAUGGACGCCAUUACAUUAUAUUUUGUGCAUGGAGUGUAUGGAGGAAAAAUGAGGUAGGAGUCCUAUAUUUAAAUCUCCAAAUAUUAAAAAACAAACAACAACAAACGAAAACCCACUAGCUUUUCUUUAUGUCAUUGCUUUGAUGUUCUGUCGUCUUCUGUAGGCUAGAGUUGCAAUUUUAAUAUCUAAUUCAAACUGAAAUAUUCUUCUUGAAGGAAUGUCAAAUUUUCGGGUCUAUUAAAGUGAUCAUGGUCAUACCUCUUCAUUAUCCCUCAUGUUUAAUAUCUGAUUUCUGUCUUCAACGAGUAUUCUUGUGAGAGAAAGGCACCUCCUUAUUGACAUUCACCAUAAGUAUAAUAAUUUAUUCUCCACGUAUAACUUCUAAAGUUAUUUUUCCUUUGACUUAUAGUAUUUUUGAUUGUCUCCUUCUAUCCCUAGGAUAGUAGAUUGCUUGUUCUAAAUACAUCUUUAAGCUUAUAAGAACAGAUGUUUCAAUGAGAAGCAAAUAUAUUUUUAUGUGUCACUUGAAACUGAAAGAAAAAUAAGUAAUGGAAACUUCUACUGCAUUCACCUAUAUUCCAGUAUUUUCCAAAUUGUGUCCCGGUCUACUGGUUCUGACAAAUGUUCACAGUGGCCUGCGAAUACAUGAUCCUAUGCCAUAGUCCCCACCCCUCGGACAUUGAUAAUAAAGGUCAGUGUUUUAAUGAAGCUUAAGAAAGUUAUUAAAUCACAAAAACACUUUUCUUU